AUGCCUACCACGCCAACAUCUCCAAACCCGCUCAGACGUCCCUCUAGUGCUUCCAGUAACCGUGAUCGAUCGUAUGGUCUGCAAUUAGAGUCCGAAAUCGAACGCAGUGAAGAGCCAUGUGCCGAACUACCUGAAGGCGUGCGCUAUGUAGCCGAUACUCGCCGCCAAAGCGUCAAUCCUGACCAUUUUCCCAAGGCAGACGUAGAAAAUACCAGCUGCAACAUUCGCAAAAGGGGAUACCUGCCAGUAGAGAAUUAUGGUAUCAUCGGUAACAUGAGAACUGUGGCGUUAGUGGGAACAGAUGCGUCCAUUGACUUUUACUGCUACCCCAAGUUCGACUCUCCCUCUGUGUUCUGCCGUAUGCUUGACAAAGAUAAGGGUGGCCACUUUUCCAUCUUUCCACGUACACCUCAUACAAGCAACAAGCAAAUGUACUUGCCCAACAGCAACAUUUUGACUACAAGAUUCAUGUCAGACGAGGGUGUCGCUGAAAUCACGGAUUACAUGCAUGUGCCGGCACAAGGCCAACGCCACUCCACCAAGCCUCUGUUACCCUGGCUCAUUAGAAAGGUGCGUGUCAUUCGCGGUACCGUCCAGUUCAAGAUGGAGUGUUACCCCGCCUUCAAUUAUGCCAUGGAUUCGCAUGAAACAAAGAUUGUCACGGAUGCCACUACCGAGGACCAAAAGACCAUGGCCAAUCUCGAGGCUAAACUGUAUCCAGAACAAGACACGCACUAUUAUGCUGCUAAUGAUCGUGUCAUCUUUGAGAGCAAGGACAUGACCAUGGAUUUGCGUCAUUUGGUGAAAUGCGGUGAUUUUGAUUGUCCUCUUGUCAAGACGGUGAUUGACAAGCAAGAUACGGGACAUAAGGGCCCUGGUGUCUAUGCAGAAUUUGAUUUGCAGGAAACACAAGAGGUCUCGUUUGUCUUUCGUGAACUGCCUGAUUCGGAAGCCUCUCAUGUGCCUGCUGAAGAAGAUGCUGUGGAUCGUCGAUUGAGAAUGGCUUUUGAUCCUCCCCUUACCAUGAGUCUAUUGGACGCGCUCUUUAGACAGACCAGCACUUUUUGGUUGAAUUGGGUCUCUCAGAGUACCUACAAGGGCCGUUGGAGAGAGAACGUGAUGCGUAGUGCCUUGACGCUCAAACUGUUGACCUAUGAACCAACUGGCGCCGUGGUUGCCGCUCCCACAUUCGGUAUUCCCGAAGCUAUUGGUGGACCCCGUAAUUGGGAUUAUCGCUAUGUUUGGGUGCGUGAUUCAUCCUUUACCGUGUACGCGUUUCUUCGCUUGGGUUUCACCUAUGAAGCUGGUCGAUACAUGCAAUUUAUUGAGGACCGUUGCAGUGACUUGAAUGAAGAUGGUUCACUGAACAUCAUGUACAGCAUUGACGGUGUCAAGAAACUGGAGGAGUUUGAGCUGGAUCACUUGGAAGGUUACAGAUCAUCUCGCCCUGUUCGCAUCGGUAACGGUGCCUACGAUCAUCUUCAGUUGGACAUUUACGGUGAAUUGAUGGAUGGUAUCUACCUGUACAACAAGUAUGGAUCUCCCAUCUCAUAUGAAAUGUGGUGCUCGGUUCGCAAGUUGGCAGAUCAUGUAUGCGAAAGUUGGGAUGUUCCUGACAUGUCCAUCUGGGAGGUAAGAGGGCAAAAGCAGCAAUUCACGUACUCGCUGGUAAUGUGCUGGGUAGCACUUGACAGAGCUUUACGUUUGGCUGAAAAGAGAGUGUUCCCAUGUCCCAACCGCAAUAAGUGGAUGGCAACAAGAGACGAGAUUUACGAGCUUGUACAGACCAAAUGCUACAACAAAGAGCUCAAGAUGUUCACGCAGAGUGUGGAAUCACCUGAAGCCUUGGAUGCCAGUACUCUGAUUAUGCCAUUGGUGUUCUUUUCCUCUCCAACAGAUCCCAGAUUACUCAACACCAUUGAGCGUAUUUUGUUACCUCCUGAGAAGGGUGGUUUGGUUGCGAAUGACCUGGUGUUUAGAUACAACUUUUUAACUACGGAUGAUGGCGUAGGUGGAUUAGAGGGUGCUUUCUCAAUGUGCACUUUCUGGUUGGUCGAAGCUCUAACCAGAGCCGGUCAAUACGACAAAAGACUGUUGACUCGUGCUGUUGUCAUGUUUGAGAAAAUGUUGUCUUACGGCAAUCAUCUCGGCUUGUUCUCUGAAGAAGUUGCAAGAUCUGGUGAAUUGUUGGGCAACUUUCCUCAAGCAUUUACUCAUCUGUCAUUUAUUAGUGCUGCUUACAAUUUGGAUCGAGUAUUAGCAAAGUCUAGCCAUCAUGUUGAUAAUUAG